GAGCUGAGUAAAAGGGUCACAUCACACUUAAUCUUAGAAAUCCCUUUUACUCUGGAAGCAAUGAAGUGUUUCCAUAUCUUCAAGGACAGGAUUAGAACUAGGGAUUACUUCAAGGAUGAUAGAACUAGGACUAGGGAGCAAAGAUCGGAGCCAAUUCUGAAAGACCAGAGUAAAACUGAUAUGUCAGCGGCAGAUAGGGUGAUUAAGUCUUCAUGCUCGGCAGCUUCAUCACGCAGUAUUCCUGAAUUAUACGAGGAGAAGGCUCAAAACUUGAGGGUAUUUUCGUUUUUGGAGCUUAGACAAGCAACUAAUGGGUUCAAUAGGUUGCUUAAGAUUGGGGAAGGAGGGUUUGGGAGCGUCUACAAGGGUUCAAUCAAGCCUACGCAUGGAAAGGGAGACCCAAUUGUAGUUGCAAUUAAAAUGCUCAAUAAAGAUGGAUUUCAGGAUUUAAAGAGAAAGAAAAACACGGGCACGUCUGGCCCUAAGGAUGGUUUAAGAUGCCCAAUUUGGUUUCAAAGCAAUUGGGAUGUAGGAAGUGGGGAAAUUCAAUGUAGUAACAAAGCUUUAGGAGAUUCAAAAUGGGAAACAGUCAAGAGCACAUUAGAAAUGGUCAUAUAUCGAGAUUUUAAAACUUCAAAUGUGCUACUGGAUGAGGAUUUCAAGCCAAAGCUUUCAGACUUUGGGCUUGCCCGGGAGGGGCCGACAGAUGGGCAGACUCAUGUCUCAACAGCAGUGGUGGGAACAUAUGGAUAUGCCGCUCCGGACUACAUCCAGACUGGACAUCUGACAACCAAGAGUGAUGUAUGGAGUUUCGGUGUGGUGUUAUAUGAGAUCCUCACGGGGAGGCGCUCAUUGGAAAGAAACUACCCCAAAACAGAGCAGAAGCUUCUAGAGUGGGUGAAACAAUUCCCCGCAGAUAGUAAGAAGUUUCCCUUGAUAAUGGACCGAAGGCUCGAGAACCAGUUCUCUCUCAAUGCAGCUCGUAGAAUUGCCAGGUUGGCAGACUCGUGUUUAGUAAGAAAUGCAAAGGAGAGGCCGAUGAUGAGUCAAGUGGUGGAUUGGUUGAAGCAGAUAGUGCAGGUCUCGGAUGAAGAAGGCCCAUCUGAUAACGCCUGCAAUGAAGUUGAAGAUGACUUGGUUGACUCAGAAGAGAGCCCGAAACAAACAGGCCCAGUGGAAUCAGUGAAGAGGAGGGUGGCACAGUUGACAAAGUUGAGCGAGCAUAUCGGAGAAGUCGGAAGGAGUAAAUUUAUGGUCUUGCAGAGGACGAAGGGAAGAUAA